AUGGGCACGGAGAAAUACUAUGUUCUUCGCGGGCAGAAAGGGGAAGAGAGUACGGAGGGAGACCAAUGCACAUGCACCUCAGACAGAGGCAUGCAUGGGGAUGCAAGAAGUCGCGGCUACGGAAGUAGAAGAGCGGUCAGAGCUUGGCUCGGGCGCCGUGUCCGCAACAGCACUUUACAUCGAAUUCCACGGCUUCUGUCAUGGGCAGUCAGGCUAAGUCAACGGGAAAGGACGCAAACGAAUGCUAAAAGCCAACAACUGUUCAGUAUUGCGCCUGUUGCUGCAGCAAGAAAGCCUGACUCUAGUGCCUGCUGUUGUUGCAAGGGGCAGCUGCUACCACACCGCGCCGACGGACUGAAAAAUCUGAAGUGGAGGCAGCAAGCAGCUUUUCACCCCGAACAAAGGAAAAUUCCACGCAUGCAAAACAGGGCCCCGGGAGGGCGAACACAAAACACCCCGCAAUUAGCGCAUUGGCACAUCAAAGCGGUGGCCUUCACCGUACCACCCCUUAUUUUCCAAAAUUCUUUUUCUCCUUCUCAAGACUACGGUGGAAUUGUGAACGGCCAGGCCCUCCCACCCACAGCAGCCAGCUCAGUCGCAGAGGGUGCAACUGCCGAUAAGCCGCAGCAGCAGCUGCAACAGCAGCGGGAUGAUGACACGACGAUUAGUGAAAAGCAAGCAGCGAAAGCAGCGGGAGAGGUAGCAGCGUCUCCAGCAACGGAAAAGCCAGAAUAUGGGAAAGACGCUCCCGAGCUGCUUCCUAAUGGCAUUCCAAAAGUGGUAUUUGAUGUGCCGACAUCAGCUACAACCAACGCAGGAGGCGUCGCAGGGGGAUCAGCAGAUUUCACGAGAUUCGGGGUGUGUCUAGAUGCCGCUGAUUCCCACUUGGAUCUGCAGAUCGACCGGAACAACCCCCGAAAAGCAACUUGCAUGCAUACUGAUGGAUUUCAGUACUUGUGGAAGGGGGUGCGAGCUUCUCACGGGGUCAAAGGGUCGGGAAAGUAUUUUUUUGAAGUAAAAGUGGGACCAAAACCGGCUAAGGUUGUAAUGCCAGACACCCCCGAGAGCACACAACAUGUGUGCAGAGUGGGAGUAAGCCAGCCCCUCACGAGCCUUCAUCUAGGUGAUUCUGCUGAAUCUUGGGGAUUCGGAGGGACGGGAAAAAAGUCGACAAACAGGAAGUUCUCGGACUAUGGAACCUCUUUCACUGCAGGCGACGUUGUGGGCGUGGUUAUUGAUUUGGAUGCACUGUCUCUGUCCUUCACAAAAAACGGACAGUUCCUUGGGGGGGCAUUUGACCUGCCUCGGAAAGUCAGAGAGACUGGGCUUUUUCCGCAUGUGUACGUGAAGAAUUUUGACUUCGAGAUUAACUUCAGGCAGGCAACCAAAUGGACCGAACCCCCAGGGCAGGGAUUCAAGUUUCUAGGAGAUCUCAAGGAGGAGGAAAUGAUGGUGAAUCCUGUUGAGCACCCGAAGAGCGUCUCGGAAUGCGAGUUCAUCAUGAUGUGCGGACUACCAGCAUGCGGCAAGACGUAUUGGGCAGAGCGGCAUAUGGAGCGACAUGCCAAAAAGUCGUACGUCUUGCUAGGUACCAACGCCGUGAUCGAUCAGAUGAAAGUAAUGGGGCUCAGGAGACAGGCAAAUUAUGCAGAUCGAUGGGAGGAGCUCAUGUCCACUGCCACAGCAGUAUUCAACAGUCUCGUUACAUAUGCCGGAUCGGGAGUCGUGCCGCGCAACAUCAUUAUCGACCAGACGAAUGUCUUUAAACGCGCUAGGUCCCGCAAAGUUCAGCCCUUCCUAGCAUGGGGCACGCGGCGCUGUGUUACGAUGGUGACUGACGAGCAGACACUCCAGCAGCGGACGGCCAAGAGGGAGAGGGAGGAAGGGAAGAUGGUCCCUGUUGAGGCUGUGAUGGACAUGAAGGCUGCAUUUGCUCUGCCGUCUCGCGAAGAUGGUUUUACGGUUAUCGACUACGUAGAGCUUCCAGAGGCAGAAAGCCGGAGGGAAAUUAGGCGCAUAAACGAGGAGGGGCGAGCUUUCAAGGCAAAUAACCCAGGAAGGAGCAAUAGGCAGCCGAAGCCGCACAUCGAAGCGCGCACUGCAUGCGAGGACUUGGAUGCUAACCCUGCAAAGCGGCAGAAGGGAUACCAGGGGCAGGGGUCUCCGCCCCACGAUUCCUGGGGUCCCAGGGAUCAUGGGGCCCCCAGGGAUCAUGGGGCCCCAGUAGAGGCCAUUCGGGCGCCUGGCAGCAACAGGGAGGCCGUGGAGGCUUUUCCCAUGGAAAUGCCCACGGCUUCUACCAACAGCAAGACGGCCGACCCAAGCAGAUCCGUAUCGGUAAACUCUGCCUGCAAAGAUAGUAAAAACACUGGGGACGUUGCCAUGAGUAUGCGUGGCAUGAUGUUUGAGCAAGCAACGAGGCCAACACCGUGCAGUGCACUCCUCUAUGAAGACGGGCGCUUUUGGCACGUUGCUGCUUCUCAAAGCAUAAAGGGUGUGCGUAUCCGUCUACCAGCAAGAUGUGUGCCAAGCCACUGCCCUCCCGUGGUCUGUUGA